AUGCGCACCUUCCAGCUAUCUCUCGCCUUGUUUGUCGUGGCCAGCAGUGCGCUCUUUGCGCAGGUCUACGGCGCACGCUCAGCCUACUGCACUAAGAAUUUGAACGGCACCGGUGAUCCGGAUCCCAAGACCACCAGAUACUGCUGUGAUACUACUCGCGAGCAUUCUUCCACCGCGUUCUGGUCGAGGAACAACAUGUGCCUUGACGGCGCUGGCCUAGGCAAUGGCAUCAACCUGGGCAGAUUCGUCAAAUGCUGCGGUGACCAAGGCGCUGGCAGCCACAGCGAUGGCUAG